AUGGAUAACAAUGAGAAUAUAGAUUCCAAUGAUAAUUCUUCUGAUACAAAUACAGUAAAUUAUAAUAAUGGGAAAAGUGAAAAUUUAUCUGAAGGAAAUGAUUUUGCAAAAGAAAAUAACCAUUUAAAUGGGAAUGCAAAAAAUUCUAAAACAAAGCAAGAAAAUGCAAAUAAAACGAAAAAUUCAUCAGACAAAGAUGAUAAUAAUGAUUAUAAUAAUCACAAAUUUCCAUGUCAUCCUGCACCACCAGUUCCUAUAAAACUUUUUAUAGGAAGAAUACCAAAGAACGUUGAAGAAGAUCAAUUACGACCAAUAUUUGAAGAAUACGGUAUUGUUAAUGAAGUGGUAAUAAUAAGAGAUAAAAUAACGAAUGUUCAUAAAUCAAGUGCAUUUGUAAAAAUGGCAUGUAUCGCAGAAGCAGAUAAUGCAAUUAGAUCAUUAAAUAAUCAAAAAACUCUAGACCCUCAAUUGGGAUCUUUACAAGUUAAAUAUGCUUCAGGAGAGGUUAUAAAAUUAGGAUUUCCUCAGAAUAUUGAAUCAGGUGUAGAUCAAGCAAAAUUAUUCAUCGGAUCCCUACCAAAAAAUAUUACAGAAGACAAUAUUAAAGAAAUGUUUUCUCCAUAUGGUUCAGUAGAAGAAGUUUUUAUUAUGAAAGAUAAUUCAACUGGAUUAGGAAAAGGAUGUUCCUUUGUAAAAUUUUCAUACAAGGAACAGGCAUUAUAUGCCAUAAACUCAUUAAAUGGAAAGAAAACUUUAGAAGGAUGUACAAGACCUAUAGAAGUUAGAUUUGCUGAACCCAAAUCAGCUAAACAACCACAAAUCCCAUUAACAUUACAACCUAUGCAAAAUUCAACUCAUGGAAUUUCUCCACAACCACAUAUUAAUAAUCCUAAUAAUAUUAAUUAUGCUAAUAAUUUUAGUAUAAAUAAUAAUUAUCCUCGUCAAAUUGGUCCAUGGAAAGAAUAUUUUUCAGGAGAAGGAAGACCAUAUUAUUAUAAUGAACAAACUAAUACAACUCAAUGGGAAAUGCCAAAAGAGUUUGAAACAUUAUUUAUGAACAGUUCACCAAAUAUGCACAAUUUGUCAGAUUCAUCAGGCCCUCCAGGUGCAAAUUUAUUUAUUUUUCAUGUUCCUAAUGAAUGGCAACAAGCUGAUUUAAUUCAAGCUUUUUCACCUUUUGGUGAAUUAUUGUCAGCAAGAAUAGCAACAGAAAAAAAUACUGGAAGAAAUAGGGGAUUUGCCUUUGUAUCAUAUGAUAAUAUUGAAAGUGCUGCUGCUGCAAUAUCACAAAUGAAUGGAUUUAUGGCACUAAAUAAGAAAUUAAAAGUAACCGUAAAAAAAGGAGAAGAAGAAGAAAUGAAGAAGUUUGUAAAUCAAAAUGGAAUAAAUUCUUUUCAGCAAUUAUCACACCCUCAGAAAAAUAUUCCAUCACAACCUAAUGCAGCAGCACAACCAACUGCUCCAUCUCAUCAAAAUGCACAAUCACAAAACUGUUUUUACACAAAUAACAACUGUUAUAGAUGUGGUCCAUACUAA